AUGCAGCAGCCCACUCUGCAGAACGUGCGCAUACGCUCGACGCGUGAUGCCUGCCAAAUAUUCUAUGCUGUGGCGCACAACGUUCUGCCCAUGACCACCCGCCGCCUUGACGCGGAGGAGCGCCGAGCGAUCACCUCGGGCAAUGUAUAUAUAUGGGAAGAGCGCUGUGCCAAUGCCGAAGCAACCGGCAUGGGCAUGGAACGAUGGACUGACGGCAUGGGCUGGGGCCCAUCUCGCGUGCGCGACGAAUUCUUGUUCUAUCACCAACGCGAAAAUGACACGAACGACGACCCGAGCCAUCCAUCAGCUCGAUGGGCUAACAUGAUGAGACGACGCGAACCUCGCCCGGGGAGCCUCCCGUACUCACGCUCUGACACGGAACGCCUCAUAAAACAGACGUACAGCGUCCAUGUCUCCCUGCCAGAAGACCGUCCGCGUGGCAUCACCCGAAAGUGGCAUCUGACUGCAUACUUCAGCCAGUCGACGCUCGAUAGCCUUGGCACUAUUGACGAGAUCCCGAACGUUGGUGAUGUGCAAGUGCCAGAAGGCUGGUUCAAAAGCGCGCGUGCAAACAAGGCGAAACGCAACGAGUCAAAUUCCGGAGACGAGUUGUCGUCCGCUCAAGACCCAUGGGGACUCGGGCUCCACUCGUCGAACCAUGGCCUCUCUCAAUUCCCUGUCGAGUCCGUCCCGGGAGCGCAGGAGAUGCGUUUGAUCGGCUCCUCCUAUAUGCCGCCUGCCAUCCACGCCAGUCCGAGUUCGUAUUCCUACGCUCUGCAGGUGCCGCACCAUCACCAGACUGUGGUCGUACCUGGUGCAACGGUGUACAGCACAGUGGCAGUUGGGCAACGGCUGCCCACCUUGCACGACUCAGGUCUGCACUCUUACCGCGAUCCUUCGCCACUCAACCUAUCCGGCCUGUCCACCGCAUCAUCUUCGUCAUCAUCGUCUGAUCGCGACCCUUCUCCCCGCCCGUUCUCGUCCCCCUUGUCUCCUCCGCCGCUUGAGAUGCGCCCUUCGCCCACCCAGGUCCCGCGCACGAGCAAGCUCGAACUGGUCCCGCUCAGCAUUCUGCAGGGCACGCCCCCGCCGCUGAGAGACCCGCUCGAUGAGCAGUUCCUGCGCAAGUUCUCCGCGUCGGGCAUCGCGGGCGCUGAGGUCCCGCGCUCCUAUUCCACCGGCGCGAGUCCGAAUCCGCGCCACAUCCACGGCCACGGCGGCUUCAGUGAAGAUCUGCGGAUCCACACCCCGCUUCGCGCGGACUCUUGGUCAUUGCGCUAG